CAAGUUUAUCCUCAAACUUCGCGGGAUUCGGCUUCAUCAACUAGAGCUGGCUUUAACAGUUUUCUUGCUUUCGACCAAGGCGCCCCAAUUUGUUGCCCCCAAUCACAAAUCUUGGCUCAAUCUCGCCUUGGCGCCCCCGGAUGCAUGUUUGAAGCGUGCAGGCCUCUAACGCUAUGAACACGCCUGUUCAGCAUAUGCGCGAGAUCGUGAUGAGAGAUGAUGGAGGAUUUGCAGUCACUGGGUACUCAACUACAGGGUUCACCUGGUAGCCAAGAAAUGCCCGUCCGAGGCAGCUGUUGCCUCCCAUUUCUUGGUUCUUCAUUUCAAUAUCCAUCGCUGCUCAUUUUCCGGUUUUUCUGAUACAACUCGGAGAACGGCACUGAAACCCUGGUCGCGGAAUAUUAUGCAGGUACUCGUGAGCUUGAAUGUCAAAAGUCGGUCGUUUCGGUAAAUCAUUUAUGCAUUUGCCUCAAGAUUCGAAUGGAUCGGGUAGCUGUCCAGGCUACAGUCAUGACCUGGUUCCUGCGCUCCUUUCAACAUUACUACAUACUUAGGCCAUUGUACCUAAUACCCGAAACCCCAAGACAUGCCGCGUGAGCUUGAGGCUCAGCUCUGCACAAACGGUGUUUGCCAAAGAAUGGGUCGGCCUCCGUUUGAGAACUUGCUGUAUUAUUCCCGGCGGUCUCGUGUAGGGCUAGCUGAGACGUGGGAUGCUGUACUUCCCUCGCCUUGCAUGACGUAAGCUAGGGGGCAGCUGAGGCCACUACAUCUGGAAGCUCUGAAUGCCGUAUUCACAAAAGCGCCCCAGAAAACAGCUCGGACUGGGCGAUAUCUACACUAGGUGCACAGUGUAUGACAUAUGGCACUGGUACAGAGGCCGCAGUAGCUUGACUGACAUCAAUCUGAAGCACGAAUAUUUGGGUACAGGUCCGUUUCUGGUCCGUUAACUGCGCUGUUGGCUGUAUCGAUCGAUGGCCUAACUACGAAUAGACGUGCCUCCACCAUUCUCCAAGCAUACGAAUCGCCAAGGCCCGGAGCUAGGGCGGACAGUCCGGGGUGAAGGGGGUGUGCGAAUAGAAGUCAUCGUCAAAGGCCCCAGUGCAAUGCAGUCAGCCAAGAUGGACGGCAUAGCAUGGCAUGGUUCGUUUCUAACUGUCUCGGUCUGUGUCCAUAAAACGUCUUGACUUCCAGGCUUUCUAUUCUUUCUCUCCUCCUCUCUCAUCCAUCGCUGCCAACCAAUUCGAGAUCAGACUCUCUGUCACCAAACAACAAGCACUUCUCAGUCCAAUCUUCUCAUCAUCAACAACACCAACAUCAUGAAGUACUCUGCUGUCACUCUUCUCGCUGCCCUGGCUGCCUACUCUCAGGCCCAGUCCAUCUCCAUCCCUGGCGGUGACGAGGUCUCUUCUAUCAUUGGCGACGUUUCCUCCCGAAUUGAUGAUGCCUCCUCUAUCAUUGAGGACGUCUCUACCCGCGUCGGUGAUGAGGUCUCUUCUCGCGUCGGCGAUAUCUCUUCUCGCAUCAGCACCGCCACUGAGACUGGUGCUUCUACAACCGUGACUGAUGCUUCCACCGUCACCGAAUCCGCAGAGACCGAGACCGAGACCGGAUCAAACACUGUCGACACCAGUGCUCUCGCCAGCGUGACCAGCGCUCUUGCCAGUGCCUCCAGCGCCAUCGAGGAUGAGAUUGCUUCUCUCAGCUCUGAUCUCGCCACUGCUACUGGUACUGCCAGCGAGGCUAUUGAGUCCAAGAUCGCCGAGGCCACCUCCAGGGCAGGUGCUAUCGAGAGCAGUGCUGGUGCUGCCGCCAGCAGUGCCACUGGCGACAACGCUGGUGCCAUGCCCACUGCUGCCGUCGCUAUGGGUGCUCUUAUGGGUGGUGCUGCUCUCUUUGCCAACAUGUAGAUUGGCAUUUACGGAAGACAACAGUAAUAAUGAAAUAAACGGUCAAAUCUUCACGCGCCAUCAUUUUAACCAACAUGGAGCUCUUGUGUAUAUCCAAUUCUGAUGAAGCAAGGAUAUGACAGGGUUCGGGAUCUUAAUUAACUAGCGUUGCACAUCUGCCGUUAGUGUGAUGAACAGGGGAAUCUGGAAUUGAGGGAUGCCAAUGUCUGGUGCAGCCUUUGUAACGGUGACUUUGUCAAUAGCAUUACUUACAUGAAACGUUCUCGACCUUCGAUACUAAGAUAAAGAUGUUUCGUAUUAUAUGUUAGCCCAAAUGAUGAAUUUCUGUGCU